AAACCUCCGGAAGUAAUCAAAACUUCAACGAUCGAUCAUGUCUAGCGUUUCCACCAUCAGCAGCAGCGGCAUGGCCAUGGCCAUAUCCAUGGAGGACUCACCAGAGGAUCAUCAACUCGUCGACACGAGGCUCUCCCUCUUCUCCGGCGCCGGGCUCAGCCGCCCGCCGCCACCGCAAGCUCUGCUUCUGCAAGCAGCACCGCAGCCGGAGCACCAGGCGUCUCCGGCCGGCAGGAAGAAGAAGGCCGGAAGCAAGCAGAACAAGAGGGCGGAAGAAAUGGGCUCCGGCGACGGCGCGAGGCGGAAGAAGCUCCGGCUGACGGAGGAGCAGGCGGCGCUGCUGGAGGAGAGCUUCCGCGCCCACAACGUCCUCUCCCACGGGGAGAAGCAGGAUCUGGCGCGGCGGCUGCGGCUCAGGGCGCGGCAGGUGGAGGUGUGGUUCCAGAACAGGAGGGCCCGGACGAAGCUGAAGCAGACGGAGCUCGACUGCGACCUGCUCCGCCGCCUCUGCGACCGCCUCACCCACGACAACGCCCUGCUCCGCCGACAGCUCGCCGACCUCCGCUCCGCCGGCUCCGGCUCCAGCUCGGGGUCCUCUUCCUCCUCCUCCAGGCUCACCUGGAACAGCAGCGACGCCUGCCCGUCCUGCAGCAAGAUCGCCGGCGCCGGCCUUAGCCUGUAGCUGCUAGUUUGAGGGCCUGAGUAAUUAGCUGUCUUCAUUAGGUAUGACCAAGAUUUAGCGUUCUUUGAUUAUUAUUAUCUCUAGACUCACAACACGAUCGACGAGCUUGAUUAUACGCCAUGACUACAUGGGCGAACAAAAAUGGAGGGAAAUGCUAGGCAUUUACUGAUCCAUCAGGGUAUAUUUUUUUCAUCUUUGGAUGCUUAUGGGCAGCCUUAUGCUAAUAAUGUAAAGAAAAUAUAUACUGUGUUUAAUUUCUUGAUAUACAAUACCCAAAUUACCAUGAUCCGAUCGGUUGUUUCGAGUUUGGAGAUGCACUGUAUGUGAUCGUUGACAAAGAUUCGAAAUUGCUAAUCAUGUUUAAUUGCCGCGGGGGUGAUGCAGGAUGUAUAGUUGAUCGACGUUGGACAUGACUAUAAUCAGUGACCCCCUGUCGGCGGGACUUUUGCGGUGCGGUUAGGCUUAAUUAAUUUUUUAUUUUUGAAUUGUAGGCUAAAUUAAAUAACAUCUUUUCGGUGUUUUUUUCUUUGGCUUUUGAUGGAUAUGAUACAUGAUGUACCCAAAGACAUGUUUGUGGAAAGUGCUGAAAUUUUAAUUGGGGAUGGUUUUUUCAUAA